GCACGCAUUCAACCCAGGAGGCGGAAUCGCGCAUUUUGGAGAUAUGUAGAUAUACUGAUGCCAUAAAAUCUCCCCUGGAUUAUCUGAAUUUUUUCACUACAUUGAAGGUCAUGGGGAAUUCACACACGGGCCACCUUCAGAGCACUCGGUUUGAGGAAAUGCUGCAUAACUCCAUAGAGGCGUCACUGCGCUCCAACACAGUAGUGCCUAGACCUGUGUUCUCUCGGCUGUACCUGGAAGCAGAACAAAGGCCUUAUUCCAAUGAUGCAGGUCGAUUAGAUGAGGAAGAUGAUGAAGAGGAUGGUUCCGAUUCAAACAGCCCUCCAAUACCAUAUCAAAUGAAGCCACCGCCAGAGGGAUCUUGUACCACUGAUGGAUUCUGUCAGGCAGGAAAAGACUUGCGGUUGUCAUCCAUGGCCACUGAGUCCUUAGAAGUCCCUCCUGGGUUCCUGUUCGUCGGAGCGAAAUCUCCCAGUGUUCCCGAUCACAUUCUGGUGUGUGCAGUGGACCUGCGUUUCCUUCCAGAUGAAUGCGGACGUAAUGCACUUUUAGGUUUCUCUGGAAACUGCAUUGGCUGUGGCGAGAAGGGUUUCCGAUACUUCACCGAAUUCGCCAACCACAUCAACCUGAAGCUUACUACCCAGCCCAAAAAGCAGAAGUACUUGAAGUACCACCUGCUCCGGAACGCACAGGGCUUAUUGGUCAAGGGACCGGCAAUCUGCUGGAAAGGGAUAGAUGGCAGAAUGAGACAUUCUGUGUCUAACAUAGCUGCUGGACCAGAUGAGCAAUCGGGCAAUGGACCAACUGACCUGCUUCCUAAUUCAAGUCACACAACCUUAAGCACAAUUAAUCACACAGAUCUGAAUACUCAUCUCCACAUAUCUGAGGGUUCACCUCCCUUAACCAAUGGCAGUCAUGUUCCUGGACCACAGCAGCACGUGUCACAAACUGGAGUAGUGGCCAAUGGGCCUGGAAGGCCAGCAAUAGGCUCCAUGUCAAAUUCUGGGCCCCCCAAAAAGAGACAUAAGGGAUGGUCCCCAGAAUCUUCAGCUCCAACAGACGUCACCCCCAGACCUGUUCCCAACAGCACGACCAACGGAACUAAAUCAGCUGACAGCGGUGCAUCAGGGUGUUUGUCUCUGGGGUCCUCGCCACCCCUCGCACCUGGAGAACAUGUUACAGUGCCUGAUCACCUGCUUCAGACCUGUGGACUGCGGCCUGUCAUUUUUAAAGGGCACGGGACACUGCCACAGUUAAGUGGGAAUCUCGGGGAUGUGCUGGUGAGCGGACUGCUGCAGAAAUGCUACCGCAGUUCCCAGAACCUCCCACGCAUCUACGAGCAGUACGGCACCGCUCCCAUUCAGCCCAUCUCCACUGAGAUGCAGAUACUGUUGACUGUCUACUAUCUGGUUCAGCUCGCUCCUGACCAGGCUCCUCAAAUGGAAGACCUGGAGCAGAUCUUCAUGCGCUCCUGGCGCGAGUCACACCUGACAGAGAUCCGGCAGUACCAGCAGACCCAUCCACAGUUCCCUCCUCCUCUUCCCUGCUUAGCUCAGCCACUCACCCCCUCUCAGCUCCCCUGGCUGGCCAAACUAGCCACCAGCUCAUGCGGGGAAGGAGUCCUGGUGCUGGACACAGCGCCCUCUCUGGUGGAAGCGUUGGAGGACACCUUUCACAGACUGGUGGAGGGCAGACUGAAUCGGACCCAUUAUGUGGUGAUCAUCUGCAUGAACAGGAGCCAGGAGAUAGAGUCAUGUGUGGUGGUCACAGGAAAGCACCAGACGCGUGCUCUCUCCGAGAGCCUUCUCUCUCCAAAUGAUUGUUCGAGAGAGAUCGCCCACGAGUUGUCUUCUGGAAGCGUGGCAGAGCUCGCAUUCUAUUUCAGCUCUCUGGGUCCGGAUGGAGAUGUGGAGACUUUGCUGGAGAAAGCCAGUCCUGAGAGCUCUGCGUGCGGUCUAGAACCGUCCAGAGACAGCCCUAAACCCACAUGUGCCGAGUACUGCGUCGAGUGGCACGAGAUUCGGCCCAUUCAGCUGGCUGUAGCGCGAAAGCUUCUCUCUCACGUUUGUGCCAUUGCGGAUUCCAGCACACAGAACCUGGAUCUCGGUUCCUUUGACAAGGUUGAGUUCUUGAUCUGCGUUCCACCCUCAGAGGUCACCUUUCAUCAAGUGGUCCUUCACCUGUGGAACUCAGGAGUGUUGCGGGAGUUAGGGCUGGACCAAGACUGCUUGUCUCUGAAGGACGCUGAGCAGUACGUGGUAAAGUUGAACCAGAGCGCAGUGGGAAAGAUCAACAGCCUCAUUCAGAAAUCUAAGAUGUACCCUUAUACUCUCUUCAUACUGGUGCAUGAUCACGCACACUCCGACAUCAGCAGUGGACAGUACAGUGGAGGAGAUUCCCGUUUAGGACUAGUGGACAGUUUGCUCAACUGCAGGCAGAUUCGAGACGCUCCCAACAUCGUGACUCUCCACGUCACCUCAUUUCCCUUUGCCUUUCAGACUCAGUACACGCGCAUCAGUCCUUACAAUGAGAUCCACUGGCCCUCUGCCUUCAAUAACGAUGUAGAUCUCUAUAACGAGAAGACAAAGUAUUUUGGUGUAUCAGAGCUGUUAGAGACCACCCGCUCUGGCAGUGGUCUUCCUCUGCUUCGAUACGACAGCUCAUUUGAGAGCAUGGCUGCUGCUCUAGAGGAAAGAUUCCCGAAGCUUCAAAGUGCCGUGAUUCGCACGCACGUUCUGAUCCAGCAUUACUCACUGGCCCUGAUGGCCACAGCGGGUGGUCAGACCUUACAGGCUCUGCAGAAGCACAUCUCGGUGGAGACUCUGGAGAUGAUCCAGUGCCUCCUCACCACGACCCAGCGGUGUACCAGCCGUCACGGGCACAUGCUCCUCCUGAGGAUCCCCUCACCCGCCCUCGCUGCCCUCGCUCACCAGCGCCUCUGCCACGUCCGCAACAGACUCGGUCUCCACAAGCAGUUUGAGAUUAUCCUGGGAGAUCCGGCGGCUGCUCUUACUGUAGAAAAACACUUCCUGGACCAGCUUAGGCGUUUCAUACUGGUAUAUCUGCAGGCCUGGUUGAAGAUCUUGGAUCCGGACUGGGCUCCACGCACAUACCUAGAGCUUGAGGCUCUACCCUGUAUCCUUAUUUUAACUGGCUUGGAUCCACUCGGGGAAUCUCUACCCAGAUCUCUAAAAUACUGUGACUUGCGUGUGAUCAGCUGCUGGUCUCUGCAGCGCACGGCUCUGGAGCAGGAGCUGGGGCUCGCCGCAUACCUACUGAAGGCAAAAGCAGACGCUCCGCACGGGUCUCAUAUGCCCAGCGACCUGUCUGAGAGUGACCCUGAAAAACUCAGCAGCACUGACAAUGAGGAAGAAGAGGUUGUGGUGGAUGUAAACAGCGCUAGCCUGGGUAACGCUUCCCCAACUGCCACCCAGCGCCCCCCAUCCGACUGGACUCCUCUGGACCCAGAAAAACAACCCAACCAGAGGCGGCAGUCCAAAUCCACCUCCUCUGGCUCCUCAUCCUCUUGGGCCUCCCCUCUACGGCAGUGCUGCUCCUGGGCUCGCAACCUCAGCCGCCCGCCCGUGGUCCUGCUCCCUAAAGCUGUCUAUGACCUCAUCACCACUGUGGACUCCAGCGGGCUGCCCAAGUCCACCUCCUUCCUCCCUCUCUCCUCUGUAGAGUGGGUCAGCUCCUUCAGACCCCUCCUCAGCAAGAUGAUGACCUGCACCGAGCAGUCGCUGUAUUAUCGUCAAUGGACCGUCCCAAAGCCUGACCACAUGGACAGCAGUAACCGGGCAGAAGGACGCAGCGAUAACUUCCACCCACGGAGAUUGCUUCUUAGCGGCCCACCACAGGUGGGGAAGACUGGUGCAUAUCUGCAGUUCCUGGGUAUUCUUUCUCGCAUGUUAAUCAGACUUAUGGAGGUGGACAUUUAUGAUGAGGAAGAUAUAAACUGCAAUUGCGAAACAGAUUUGGUACGAUACCAUCAGCCUGUUGCAUCAUGGCCCAACACAGAAGCUGUUAGUAGGAUGCCCUUUGAUUACAUCAUUCAUGACCCAAAAUACGACGACAUCAGCACAAUCUACUCACCAGACUUCAGUCCAAAUGCAGAUGAUGGAAAGUCCAGACGGCAGGAUGAUGUGUAUCUACGCAGGCGUACAACACGAAUAAAACUCUCCAAAUAUGCAGCAUACAACACUUACCAUCAUUGUGAACAGUGUCAUCAGUACAUGGGUUUUACUAAACAGUACCAGUUGUACGAAUCCACCCUGCAUACGUUUACCUUCUCGCACCUUCUAUUGGGAGAGGAAAUUCAGCUUUACUUCAUCAUUCCCAAAUCCAAAGAGCAUCACUUCUCCUUCAGCCAAUCAGGAGGACAGUUAGAGAGCAUGAGACUGCCCCUUACUUCUGAUUGGAAUCCUGACACCAUCAAAAGCCCUAUAUUCACACCCACCACUGGACGCCAUGAGCACGGCCUGUUUAAUCUCUAUCAUGCCAUGGAAGGAGCUGCCCACCUGCACAUCCUAGUCAUUAAAGAGUAUGAGAUGGCCGUCUAUAAGAAAUAUUGGCCCAACCAUAUAAUACUCGUCCUUCCGACCAUCUUCAAUGGAGCUGGAAUAGGAGCAGCUCAUUUCCUGAUUAAAGAGCUCUCUUUUCAUAACCUGGAGCUGGAGCGGAGCAGAAGAGGGGAGCACGGCAGCCGUCCACAGGACGUCUGGCCUUUUAUCAUUCUCGCAGAUGAUUCGUGUGUCAUGUGGAACAGUGUUGAUGUUGACCCGAAAAGUGGUACUACAGGGGCAGAAAGAAAUGUAUCCUUGAAACAGGUUCUUCAGCACAUGGAAUCAUCUCCAGACAUCACUCGAUACGGCUUAUGUGGGAUGAGGAAGUGGUCCAGCUGUGGGGGUGAAGCCGGGCAUCAGAAAGAGCCGUUCUCACGGGGACACCUACAUGACUUUUUGCUGCUCAACGUGGACCUCACUCAGAAUGUCCAGUACAACCAGAACCGUUUCGCAUGUGACGAUGUGGACUUCAACCUACGAGCCCACAGUGCAGGACUCCUCAUCUGCAGGUUCAACAACUUUAGUGUGAUGAAGAAGCAGAUCGCCAUUGGUGGAUAUGGUACCUUCAUCAUCAAGACUAAAAUGACGGAUGUACCCACCACAAUCCAGCCAUCUCAGUACAUCUGUGCCCCAGACAGCAAGCAUCUGUUUCUGGCCACACCAGCUCAGCUGUUGCUGGAGAAAUACCUUCAGCACACCAGUCAUCGGUUAUUCCCGCUCAGUGCCCGAAACUACAGUCACCCGGUUCUCUCUGUUGACUGCUACCUGAACCUCGGUCCAGAGGUGACGGUUUGUUUUGUUAGCUCCAGGCCUCACUCCAUUAACAUUAGCACUACUGGACUGCUCUUCAGUGGCCUGCUCUUGUAUUUCUGUGAUUCCUUUGUAACGCCCGGAUUUCUCAAGAAGUUCCAGUUUCUGAAAGGGGCAACUCUGUGUGUGAUCUGUCCCAACCGGAGCUCUCUGCGUCAGACUGUAGUUCGGCUGGAGCUGGAGGACAAGUGGAGGUUUCGUCUCAGCGAUGAGUUUCAAACGGCCAAUGCCAAAGAGGACCAGCCUCUCUUUUUCCUCACAGGAAAACACAUAUGACUCUCAGAGGCCAAAGACGCAUAACUAUCUUGUUUGUAUAUAGCAUUUGCUUUGUAUAUAAUGCACAAUGUAUGCUGUAAAUUUGCUUUUCGUUGUUGUUUUUUGUGUGUGUUGGUUUUAUUACCUUAAAACCAGUGUUUACCUACGUCUUUAUAGUUGUUUAAAAUGUAUUUAUUUACAGUGACCUUUUUAUGUUUUUAUCUUUCUGUUUUAUUCUUUGGCGUUUGUUGUUUUUGUCCUAACUGGAAAUGUUAUCAUCAGCUUGAUAGAGGAUUGUGAAGUGUUAAAAGAGCAGAUUCAGAAGUAUUUUGUGGAAAAGAGUAUUUUUGUAGCUGUGUUUGGUGUGUUGUGUGUGAAUGAGGACGUAAAUUCAUUAAAGUACUUAUCUCAUACAUUUCAAAUCUGUACCGUUGUAUGAACACUAGAUGGCAGCACAAUUACAUUUUUAUUAUCAAGAAAAAUUAUACAACAUCAGCUUAUAAGAUGUUUCUUUUGUGAAAGAAAAAGUGGCCUUUCAUUAAACCGUAUUUGAAAAUGUACCGUUAUUAUGUGUGUUGUGGGGAGUAAAUAAAUCAUUUAA